AUGUCGACUGCUACUUCACAAACGUACCGAUUGAAUGGUUGGUAUCCCUGUUCCAACUAUACCUUCUCAGAUUCUAGAAGCUCAGACGGUCUGGAUGCGGAAUGUGCUACAUUUGCUGCCCCGCUGUGCUACCCUGGUAUCUGCGAGACUCCUGAAUUUGCGACCCCAACAAUUACCAUCUUUGUUAAGCGCAUACCAGCAACCAAUGGUGACCCCAAAAACGCCUCAAAUGUGUGGAUGCUUGAGGGUGGUCCCGGAUUGGCAUCGACGCGUAUGGAACGAGAUAUGGUGAAGCUACACUCGAUGUUGGAAGGUAAUGUCAACGUGUACACGAUGGACCAUCGUGGGACCGGACGAAGCACUCUGUUGGAUUGUCUCGCAGCUCAGGUGACAACUUUCGGCUCCCCAUGGGGAGACGCGAUUGGCAUCUCAGAAGUAGGCUCGUGUGCCAACGCGCUGGAAAACGAGUAUGGUGAUCUCGCAUCUUUCUCGAUGACGAUUACGGCACAGCGUUGGUAG